AAAAUUUGGGAUCUUUAUGUCGGCUUCUUCGUCUCGUUUCUUCUUGUACGCCUCAACCAGAGAAUUCGUUUCAUGGUCAAUUUCCCUAUCUGUACAUAUCCUUCUUCAGAGAUUUAAUAUUUAGGUCUUUGAUGGAAAAAGGCAAAGCUGUGGAGGACAUUACAAAUUCAUUGAAGAAACUAGAUUUGAAUCCCAAAUUCAACUCCAAAUCUUCCUAUGUUAGUCCUACCGUUCAAUCAAUUAAAUUGAGUCGCGAGAAGGCGGAAUCCCCAAGUUUAGUAAGCUUGUGCCUUGGAGUUGUUGGCAAGCAUUUGGAGGAUAUAAUUGCUGAUUUGAAUGAGAUUUCCAUUGCCUUUCCAGCGGAUAUUAAGAUGGCAAUUGCAGCAAUAUCCAGGAGAAGAAAAUUGCUUAACGAUGAUGUUAUCGUUUCUUUAGCCGAUAGUUCCUGGGAAAUACUUGAUCUUUCUGGCUCUGAAGUCACUGAUUCUGGUUUAAUGAAAGUGGCUGAAACCUGCAAAUUUCUUCGAGCUGUGGAUACAAGCCAAUGCAACAAAAUUACUGCUGUUGGUGUUUCUGAACUCUUUCAGCAGUGCAAGUCAUUGCAGACAUUGAGAUGCGGAGGGUGCCCAAGGAGUGAUUACACUGCACGCAACUGCUUGUGCAUAUUGAAACCAAAGCUGAAGGAUAUGGAGGGAGAUUCGUGGGAGGAACUUGAUACUGCUGAAAUUGGCCAUGGUGCGGAAUCCCUGCGGUGGCUUGUGUGGCCUAAGAUUGAUAAAGAUUCAUUGGAGACCUUGGCCAAUGAGUGCCCGCGCAUAAUAGUAAAUCCCAAGCCAUCGCUCUUUGGUUUUAGAGGAAUCAACGUUCCUACAGAAGCUUUAGCAGACAUUCCACUGGAUUAUUCCGUUGUCAAGGAUAUUGAUCCGAAAACAUGGGCAAUGUGUGGGUUUACACCAAAACCUAGGGCUGCCUCUCUUUUAAGCCCUACUGAGUUGUCCGUGGCUGAAAAAUUUAGACUUGCAUUUGUGGAAAGAGACACACGCUUAGCACCAAAACGAGCAAAGAAUGCCCGGCAGCAUCAGCGCCGUGCCGACAGGCAGUGGAUGAUGAUGAAUACAGAUGCUAAAGCGUUAGCUCUGGCAUCUAAAGCAAGCAAGUCCCUGCACAACAGGAGCUGAAUCUUAGGAAUUGGGGCUCGUGUUUCACCAGUGUAUGCCAGUUUUCCAAGUCUCUUUUGUGCUUUAAUGUAGCGUUGUAUAAAGUUUCGGGCUUUAUUAGAGUGGGGUAUAUUGAGAAUCAAAACUUCUUUCUAGUGAAAUUUUGUCAUGUGAAAAACAUCCAUGCCUUCCUUUGAAAAAGCGAAGAUGGAAGAAUAAAAGAAAUGGGCGAAGGGAAGAUGGAAGAAAGCAAGAAAUGUGCGAAGGGCAUACUGCUCUUCUCAUUUGUGA